CACGCACACGCGCUCGUGCAAACCCGUAGCGUACACACGGUGUAUUUAUUCAUGAGGGUCCUGCUGGAUUGAAUCCAUAUUUUUGUGCAAACUGAAGGUGCAAAAGAGGUGGUGUUUUUUUUCUUCUUUUUUUUCUGGGCGGUGUGGUCGCCCCCGGACAGACCGACCUUUCUCCGGCUCCAGCCCCGGACAGACCGACCUUUCUCCGGCUCCAGCCCCGGACAGACCGACCUUUCUCCGGCUCCAGCCCCGGACAGACCGACCUGUGCUCGGGCUCUCUACCCCGGAACCAUUAUGCGGACAGGAAACUACCAUUUCACCGCGAGCAGCAUCGGAGGGAUCCGUCGUCUCCACAGCGGAGGGGAGGAGGAGGAGGGGGGGGACAGCGACGUCUGACACGGGGCGGAAAACAGCCGAGCGAGGAGAAAAGAGGGAAAACACGACGGAAACAAAACAAAAGGGCGCUGGUUGUUGUGUGUGUGUUUUUUUCUGUUCUCCUUCCUUUCUUUCACUCCACUCGGUGAAGCGGAGCAGCGAGACCAGUUGGCGGCAGACAACCGGACCGGACCGGACCGGCGGAACUAGUUUCUGUGUGGAGCAGCAGCCGAUGGAGAAACGGGCCUUCCGCAGCGUUUCUCCACGGGUGAAGAACAAGGCCCCGAACCCGACGGGUUAGCAGAUUUCUGUAUAUCUGAAGUAAUCACUGCAGGAGCAUCUCUCGUGUACUGAUCCAAGUACUUGUUCGUCAUUCAGGCGGUCUGAAUCACUCCGUGAGGCGACGCUGCGGCUCUUCCUCCACGGGAACAACGGACGCACUCGACUUCACGGGAGGAGAACACGACGAUGGAAGACUCAAGAAACACGAGCGACUCUUCAUCUUUCUGUAUGAGUUGUAGCUUUGCCUAUUUUUGAACUUUUUGAACAUCUCUACACGCAACGUCCCACGGGAGCACCUGGAGGCGCCGAGAGGUUCUGGAGAUUCUGACGUGGUGCGACCAAAUCAAAAGAGCGUCGGCUUCCCGUCGGAUUACGAGCCGGUUUGUCGGACUCUCGGCUGUCCGGACGACCUCUGACGAUGUUCCAGUUCAGCAAAUACCCCAUGGACAUCCUGGAGAUGCUGAGCGGCCACCAGGCGCACCAGUUCAAGGGGCUGGGCCUGGAGCGCCAGCUGAGCCACCAGCAGCAGGUGCAGCUGCAGCACCAGCAGCAGCUGCAGCAGCAGCACCCGCCCUCGGCGGACGGCUCCGGGGGCCUCCUGUCGGGCCUCGGCCUCGGGCCCCUGCAGAGCUCCCGGAGCAACGCCUUCGCCGACUCGUCGUCGCUGUUCGCCAAGAUGAGCGCCCCUCCCCCGCCGCCGUCCAUCUCCCACCAGAGCCAGUCGUCGUCCUCGUCCCACGGCUCCAGGAAGUCCAGCAAGAUGAGCGGCGGCGGCGGCGGCGGCGGCUCGGGCUACCCUCAGUUCCUGCGGCCGUUCCACCCGGCCGAGGCGGCGCUGGCUCAGGAGCAGCUCCACUCGGGGAUGGGCCGCUUUGACUUUGGCGGGAGCGGCGGCGGCGGCGCGGGGGUUAUCGGCGGGGUCGUCGCGCCCGCGCCGCCGCCGCCCCCGCUGCUGCACCCGGGUCUCUCCGUCCCGCAGCCCUCCUCCGGCCCCGCCUCCUCAGCUCCCUCUCCCUCCACCUCCUCCGCCUCCUCCGCCUCCAACAACCCCUCCGGCGGCACCGCGGUCCCCCUCGUCGGCCAGUCGGACCCCCGCAGCCUCCACCAGCAGUUCAGCUGCAUGCUCGCCGCCAACCAGUACUUCCUGUCCGGCGUUCCCACCAACAGCAGCCUGGAGCAGUUCCUCGUGCAGCAGGGCACGCACAACCACCUGGGCCUGGGCCUGGGCCCCGGCUCCGAGUCAAACUCGGCCCUGGCUCCUCCCCCGGCGCUCCACUCCUCGCACGGCCACGCGGCUCCGCCCCCUCAGCAGCAGCAGCAGCAGCAGCAGCCCCAGGCCUUAUCUAACCCGCACGGCCACGCCCACCACCCGCUCCACCCGGCCCCCCAGCCCCCCCCGCUGGGCGGCUUUGACUUCCAGGGCAUCCCGGUGCUCUCCUCCAACCAGCUGGCGUCGCUCAUGCAGCAGGAGGCGGGCCUCCCGCUGCCGCUGCCGCUGCAAAUGUCGCUCUCCAAGGACGACGCCAAGACCGGCGACAGCUCGUCGUCGUCGGCCUCGAGCGGCGGCAGCAGGAGGAAGAAGGCGAUGGCGGGCUACCUGCCGCAGAGGAAGUCGGAAACUAGCAGUCAGAGUCACGGCGGCGGCGGCGGUAACUGCCAAAGCUCCUCGUCGGGCCUCGUGGGCGGAGCCUCCGGGGGCGUUGGCAUAAGCGGCAUCGGGAGCGAUCCGCCGCACUCCUCCCACCUGUCGUCGUCCUCGCAGCAGUCGUCCUCCGCCGUCUCCUCCUCCUCCUCCUCCUCCUCCUCCUCCUCGUCCGCCCCGCCCUCCUCCACCUCCACCUCGGUGCUCGUGGCCAACGGCAACCAGCAGGUGUCUAAAUCGAACCCGGACGGCCGCGGCGCCGCCGCUUCGUCCGACCGGCCGGAGCCGGAGCCGCUCUACCACUGCGGCGAGUGCGGCAAGACCUUCACGCACCUCUCCAGCCUGCGGCGCCACCUCCGCAGUCACGGGCUGACGCCGGAGAGCCAGAGCCGGAAGUCGGACUGCGACUCGCCGAGCCCGGAGCGCGUGUUCUGCUGCGGCGAGUGCGGCAAGCGCUUCAAGAAGAGGGGCCACCUCAUCCAGCACAGCGUCACGCACUCCCAGAACCGGCCGUUCGGCUGCGCCGUCUGCCAGAAGUCCUUCAACCGGCGGGAGUCGCUCACCCGGCACGAGAAGAUCCACGACGAGAAGCCCUUUCGCUGCCCGGCGUGCGGCCGCUGCUUCCGCGAGAGCACGUCCCUCCUCAACCACGCCGCCUCGGGUGCCUGCGGCAAACCGCCGCGGACCUCGAAGAACCGGGUCAACGGCGGCGGCGGCAGCGGCGGGUCCAACCCGAGCGGCGGCGGUAAGAUGGGCGGCGGCGGCAGGGAGGUGAUCCCAAACGAUGGGGCAGCAAUGACUAACGACAAGUACGCCACGGAUUAUUCCAGAAACCGCUACCAGAGUCCGUCGGCCUACGACGACUACCGGCGGUCGCAGUCCUCGCUGUACUCGCCCGAGAGCGACAUGAGCAACCAGACGCUGCGUAAGGCCCCUUUAGCUCCGACCCUCCACCCCCACCCUCAGAGCCAGCCGCCGCCGCACCACCACCACCACCCGCCGCCGCCGCCGCAGCAGCAGCAGCAGCAGCCACACCUCCCCCUCUCCUCCCUGUUGGACGAUUCAGAGGACGAGGUCACCAGCAGCGCCAUGUCGGCCAUCGCCGCCGCCGCCGCCGCCUCCUGCGACAUCAACACGGAGGGCCGCGAGGGCGAGCGGCGGGACAUCAUCGGAGGCCUGCUGGGCGGGUUGGGGUUCGGUAACAUGGGCGGCCCGUCGCCCAACGGCGCCACCGUGCCGCUCACCCACCCCGGCCAGCCGCACGCCAAGCCGCGGCGGCCGAGGAAGCCGCGGGACAAGCGAGACCCGGGCCACCUCGUCCGGAGAAGGCGGAGCCCCGCGCCGCCGGGCGACGGCACGGAGCGGCCGUACAGCUGCCAGAUCUGCUGCAAGCGCUUCCGGCGGGCCGAGACCCUGCGGCGCCACGACCGCGUCCACACGGGCGAGAAGCCGCACGCCUGCGACGUGUGCGGCAAGACGUUCCGCGAGCCGUUCCACCUCACCAAGCACCUGACGGUGCACUCGGGCCAGAAGAACUACAAGUGCAACCUGUGCGGCAAGAUGUUCGCCUACGCCCAGAGCCUGGUGCGGCACGGCAAGCUGCACCGCAAGGGCGAGAUCGACGGCCAGGGCCGCCGGAUCAAGGGUGCCGCCGCCGCCCUCGCCCAGGCGGCCGCCUCGGGGAACCCCGACUACUUCUCGCCGUGCGCCCAGGGCGAGAAGUCCCCGACGUCCGGCACGCCGUCGGCGCGGCUCUACACCUGCACCGUGUGCUGGAAGUCGUUCCGCCACUACUUCCACCUGACGGCGCACCAGCAGGCGGCGCACGGCGGCGGCGUCGGCCUGGAGAAGUCGUUCCGCUGCGAGGCGUGCGGCAAAGCCUUCGCCUACUCCAACAGCCUGGUGCGCCACAAGCUGUCGCAGCACGGCAUCGAGCGCGGCGCCCAGCGCGGCGGCCCGGCCCCGCCGCCCGGAUACUCGCCGCUCUUCUACGAGUCCGGGUCGGGCGCCGGCUACGCCGCGGCGUCUCACAUGCAGCAGGGGAACCCGGCCCAGCAGCAACAACAGCAGCCGCAUCUACAACAACAACAAGCGCCACACCAGCAGCCGCAGCACCCUUUUCACGACCGCUCAAAAACCCAGCAGAAGCGCCCCGGGCCGACCCGCACGCCGCGGAAGAAGAAGCGGCGCAUUCUGAUCCACAGCAUCAUGCGCGACGGGAAGCUGGUGGGCGUGCCGCUGAGUAAGGACACGCGCAGGAAGCUGCUGGUGCUGAGGAGGAGGAGGGGCCGGCUGCAGGCGCAGAUCAAGAAGCAGAAGAUCCUGGCCCAGCUGCGGGUGAAGGGCGGCGCCGUGCGCGUGACGUCGUGGAGCGGCGGUGCCGUGCGCGUCGCCGGGCUGACCUCCAUGGAGGUCCCCAUCAAGCGCUUCCCGUGCCCCAUCUGCCCCAGCGCCACGUUCGCCCUACCGGGCGCCCUGCUGGUGCACCGCGCUGCGCGCCACUCGGCGAGGAGCGCGGGGCGCCGCGCCCGCCUGCGCUGCCAGGCGUGCGGCCGGCGCUCCGGCUCGCUGCUCAAGGCGCUGAGGCACCGCGGGCGCCACCUCAAGCAGGCGGCGUUCCAGUGCCGCCGGUGCCGCCGCCGCUUCUGGAACCCGGCGCUGCUCGCACGCCACAAGUUCUGCUGCCGGGGCGGGGCCGCGGCCCGCUGGGCGCUGGCGAAGGCCGAGUCGGCCCCGCCGCACGGCGCCACGGACAAUUCACCGGUCCAGCUGAUGGUCGCCCCGGUUCUGGUGCAGCCGGAGAGAUCCACGGUUCUGACCGAGUACAGUCAGUAAACAACAACGGUGACGUGGAAGAAGAAGAAGAAAAAAAACAGUUUUCUAGACUAGAUUGUUUUUGAUGUUUUAUUUUUUUUAAAUAAUCCAAGAAUCGAGCGAGUUUUUAACUGAACAAGAUGGGAGGAGGACGGGGUUUAGCGUAACACCCCCCCCCCCUGAUUAAUCUGUGUACAUGCACCCCCCCCCCUCCCUGCCGGUGGUUCGGAGGACUUCGAAAGACCCGAAAAUCAGAACCACUCCUCCUUGUUUUAGUAGCACCCCAUAAAAAAAGAAGAAGAAAAAGACGCAUUAAUCCAGUUUCCUCUCCUCUUUUCUAUUGUUUCUAGGAGCCUCCAUGUGGGAGGCGGCUAGCAGCGAGGUACCUUUAUAGUACCAGGUGUAUUUUCCCAGGUAACCCGUGUCGUGUCUCUUGGCUGUGCGUGUCUCAUCUGUUCCCCCGAGGGGAGAAUCUCUCUUUUUAUUUUAUAUAUAUAUAUAUAUAUAAAUAUAUAUACACACCGAGAUGACUUCUGCCCUCAAGAUAAAUUCAUCUUUUUCAGCGUAAAAGUAGAAAAACCAAAAGGUCUAGUCUGUCACAAAAGGCUGAAGUGAAGGAAGGAGGAAACGGAAAAGGAGUCAACCUUGUUUUUAAUGUUCACUACUUUAGUCUUUUUUAACGAGGCGUAGCCGCAGAAGGAAAAACCGCCACAGAAAUAACCGCAGUGUACUGUACAAUUCGUAUUAUAUUUUAUUAUAUAUUGAUUAUUUGCUGUUUUUUUAUUUUUAUUUUUUACUCCAGUAUCAUUUAUUUCCUCACCGUUGGUAUUGUGUGUGUGUGUGUGUGUGUGUGUGUGUGUGUGUGUGAGGGCAUGUCGGGGUGAGUUUGUGUCGGUGUGACAUCAUCACCGGCUCCCUCGUUGCCACAGUUAUGUACACAUAGUUUAUUAUUAGGUCCUUUUGUCCUUUUUUGUUUUCUGUAAAACUAAAACAUGUAAUAUUAUUACUAAAUUACUAUCCUUUUUUUGUUUUUUUUCUUUGCCUAAAAAGUGAGUUGUUGAAAACCCUCAAAUCAAAUAAAAAAGAAAAAAAUCUGAA